AUGUUGCUGCUGAAGACUUUGGCUCCCUGUUUACUGGUGGCCCUCCUCGUGCAGCAGGUGUCCUCCGUUAAGCGCCGUAAAGGCUCGCGCACUAAGUCGAGUGAAGUGGAGCGGGCCGCGACUCCAGCUCCGGACAGAGGGCAGAGGAGCGGGGGCAAAGGCGCAGCAGCGACUCUAAACAGCGGGAAGUUCACCAAGAAGGACAAGAUGCAGUGCAAGUGGGGAGCGAAAGACAUCGGGGACAAGGUGAGGCUGUCGGUGAAAUGCGAGGACCCAGAAGCGCGAGCCAAAGGCGGAGUUACCGAAUUGGAAUGUGUGUACAACGCCAAACCUCAAAGCUGCCCGGGGUACCAGUCCAACCCCAAGAACUUUUGGAAACAGGUGUCCCGCGCGCUUAAAAAGCUUCAGGGUAAAUUGUGCAUGGACGACAGCGCGCUGGUAAAGGCUGGCAUGUGUAGGCGCGCGCCCCGGGACGCGCACUUCAAACUGGACAUCUCCACGUCCGUGUCCUCCGCCCAGUCAGCAAAUUGGAGUCGUCCCCGGCCGCCGCCACCUCGACCCGCCUCCACCGAGGCCGGACCGAAAAACUGCACAGGGCGCGCGGACCACCGGCAGAGAGCUGAAGAUUACUGCAAGAGCUCGUGGGCCAGCGUGUGCGCUUUCUUCUUCUCCAUGGUGCAAGGUGAAGACUGUUAA